AUUUAUAGUUAGAAAAAUUGAUGGACAGGUCCACUAACUUCCUGCAUAAACUAAAUAAAAGCAGUGCUAGGGGGUUAAGGUACGCAUCUGUCUGCAAUAAUGGCUAAACGUCCUGCUGUAGAUCAGGAGCUUUCAGCAAUCCUGAAUGAGUUGUGGAAGCUGGAUGUGAACCGCGUGAAGCCGGGAAAAGACUACACCAUCAAUCUACAGGGCAAAGCUGAAUACGUGGCCCAGGGCAGUAACAAUGCUAGAGACAAAGCCAAUGCUUCUCUGUUUACGUACGUCAAUGAGAAUAAACUUAAAAGCAUUGCCACAUAUGCUAGCUUCAUAAAUCUCUUGGACAACUACGAGAUGUCUACAGGUGUGGCUGAGAAAGUGACUAGUGAGGAAAUGGAGGAGAAUAACAUCUUCCUCAAUGCCGUCCUACAGACUCAAGUCAUGAAGCGUGCACAUGGGUAUUUAGUCAGUAAAGGACAAGCCUCCCCUGAUGUAGCUCAGUUUAAAAGACAGCUCUUUGACAUCUGGUUCAAACUCUAUCACAGAGACAGAAGUGGAGGUGAAGACUCGUGUGGAUUUGAACACGUGUUUGUUGGUGAAACCAAGUACGGGAAAGAGAUCAUGGGUCUUCAUAACUGGGUUCAGUUUUACCUGCAGGAGAAGCUGAACUGUAUCGACUAUAAGGGCUACAAGGCCAGAGAUAAAGACAUGCCGGACGCAAACGAUCACGUCAUUAACCUGCAGUUCAGCUGGAAAGGCCUGGUGAAGCCAUCGGGUAGCUCCUUCAUCGGCGUCAGCCCUGAGUUUGAGGUGGCUCUUUUCACUAUUAUAUUCCUGAAGAGCAACGAGCGUGUUACCAAUGCCAUUGUCAAAGUGGAUGAGUACUUGCUGGAGAUUGUGGUUUAUCGACAUGGACGUGCCAUUGGAACAUCCUACCCCAAACUACUCAGCAGCAACAACAGGGAUCUCUAGUUUCUCUGUGAACCAGGCUGUAAGAAUCUUAGAUUCUUCCUUAUUGCCUUAAAGUAGGUCAUAUGUUCACAAAACCUUACAUUUCAAAAGAAAUCAUUUACAUGAUAAACUGAAGUUGAUUAGUGUUAUUGUGCUGUUUUUAGUUUCUAUACCUAAGUGCAUUUACAGAUUGCCUCUGAAGAACCAAAACUGUUCAUGUAUAUAAAACAUGUUAUAGAUAUACACUCUAUAGUAUAUUAUAUACUGCUUUGAAUGUAAAUUCCAGGAUGACUGACAAAAAACUUACAAUGUUUAAAACAUUAAAUCAAGCUCAAAAUUAGCAUGCAUACUUUAAUAAUGUUGACAAAAUCCCAGUGUUUGCACAGUUUGGCUAAUUAUGGUUACAAUCAGGCUUAUGUUUUUUGUAGUGUUUUGCUUUUUUAAGAAUGGAAGUCAUAAAUAAUUUUAAUGGUACUGUUUAGUACUACUUAAUAACAUGACUAUCUUCAGGUCCCGAAAUCUUCAUUGCUGUUGGAUCAGUAUGUAACUUAUCAGGAUGACAAGUAUGUCAGUUUUCAGAAUGCCCAGCCAUAUUUUGAAUGGAAAUAAACUGUUUUUUGUUCAUUAUAA